GCCGUGUCGUCUCGCUUGCGCGCUCCUGAACACAUACUCUCUUAUUCAUCCACCACCCGCCGCGUUUCGUUUCGCUACGCUCCCCCGCUACGACGAGGCCGGGACCACUCACCACCUGCAUGGGCACCUCCGGGCGGAGAGCAUGAAAAGAAAGAUGGCGGACCUCGACGUGUUGAUGGACGAGACGUUGACCCUGUGCAAAACGCCCCCCGUCCCGCGCCGCCAUCCCUACCGCGAGUUCUACCAGUACAGAAAGCCGUCGCUGCCCCAAACCCCCUCGGACACGACCACGCCCGACCUCAGCGGCCCGCCCAUGUUUGAGUUUGGCUCCCAGACAGACCUGGUGCCCAAGCCGCUCUUCAGCCGGAGCAACUCGCUGCCCUCGCGCGCCCAGCGGCCCUCGCGGCCCCCCGAGCCCUUCCAGUUCACCGCCGACAUUGUCAAGAGCCCCUCGCCACUGUUCAGCAGGAGAAACACGCUUCCCUCGCGAGUCCGCCGCGCUGCUGCUGCCGACCGGAAACCCUCGCCACUGUCGCGUAGAGAAGAUGCUCAACCACCAGAGCCGACCCACUUGGCUUCAUCCGUCAUGGCCACCACCCCGAAAAGACCGUCCCCUCUCUCGGGAAAAGGAAGCGUUCGCCGACCUGGACCACCCACCCACGCUGCUCCUUUCCAGCCCGCAUCGCCCAUGGUCCUAUCACCAGUCACUUCGCACGCCAGCUCUGUGACCUCAUCGCCCACCCCAUCUCUCUUCUCAGACUCUGCUAGUUUCUCCGCAUCAGCACCAUCAACGCCUUCAACACCUGCAACAUCACCACCCAGCUCCCCUGCAAACCGUGCACGCUCGCCAAUGUGCUACUUUACGCCAGCCUACUGGACCAUUGCCACGUCACCCUCGCCAGUUUACAUCCCCAGGCAGAAGCUGAGGCGCAAGGAUAGCCCCAAGUACGACACCUUGAGGACGCUUCGAGCAAAAGAGUCGGACGCAUGCCUGGAACGCAUAUACGAUCAACGAACAUCCGCCUACAUGGAUUGGACAGGCUUCACAGCCCUUACAAAUUGAACGCCUAUCACGACACACCAUCUGGUCAGCUCAACUAGACGCUCCGCUAUACUGUUGCCGUCGGGGUCAGCAUCGCACGCCAGACCCCUAGCAUGCCGAGCCCGAAUAUGCAUAUAAUGACUUGCGGCAUACAGUCUGCAGAGCGACCUUUACGAAAACGAAUUAUGACUUACGAUGAUCAAUGACUUGGCAUGAGAGGGACGUACGGCGUUUUGGACAUUCGAUUAUAAUACCCAGGGUUUGAAUAUUUAGCAUGAUGGUUUUGCGCACCUGGUUUGCAUAGUCGCAGGG